GAAUUGUACCGCAUUCGCUCCACACUCCUCCACUGCGAUCGAUCGGUACCUUCUUCUCCUCUCUGGCGGUGGAUUGAAAGGGGAGAGGCGUCUUCUGCCGAAUCGAAUCGAAACGAAUCGCUCAUUGGGGUUUGCAUCCGACGAUGAUGGUUAAGGAAGGCGGCGCGGAUCUCCUUCCUUCGUCGGAUCCCAAGACUCCUUCUUCAACCGCCGACGCUGGCGUCUUCGGCAAGGGCCGAUACAGGUUCUGGGCGCUUGCGGCCAUCCUCCUCCUUGCAUUCUGGUCCAUGCUCACCGGCACUGUCACCCUCCGAUGGUCAGCCGGCGACCUCAACCGCCUCGCCCACGACUUUGACGUCCCCGUCGCGGUUAACCCGGAUCUCGACGUUCUGGAGAUGGAAGAGCGGGAGAAGGCGGUGAGGCACAUGUGGGACGUGUACGCCCACGCCCAAACUCGCCGGAUCCGGUUGCCGAGGUUCUGGCAGGAAGCGUUCGAGGCGGCGUACCAAGACCUUUCCGGCGACGACCCCGACGCCAGGGACGCUGCCGUCGCCGAGAUCGCUCGAAUGUCGUUGCGGAUGCUCGAUCCAGAGGCUCCCCCGCGAAAUCCCAAGGCUGCUGAAAUAAAGAGGAACCAAAGACUUCGAGAUGGCAUUUCUUCGUUGGUGUCAGGGUCCUCGUCUUCUGAUGCUCGAUAGCAGAUGUGUAUUUGGCUUCUGACAAAGUUACCAAUGUCAAGUUACUGCUUCUCCAACAAUCACUGAUGUAAGCUACCUUUGAAAAGUUGUUCUGAUUACCUUCUUCUUUCUCUAAAUCCUACAUUUGGCAGAUUAUGUGCUUUAGGCAAUACGAACUGUGCUUUAGCUGAACUUGUAACUGCAUUUCUUAGCUUGUUGA